AUGUCGUACAAUAACACGCCCUCCGCAAGAUCAGGACAUAGUACCCCGGCGGAUUGGGUGAGUGCAGUGUUGGACGCCAACUUCAGUAUGUGGAUCUUUGGCGGUUCCCUUGGGACUGAUCCACCAUAUGUCUCACCAAGUUGGGUGACGAACGAGUUGUACUACUUAGACACGCAGGCGCAGCAGUGGAUCGCGGUGGAGACCUCGUUUUCGCCCAGUGGGCGCUCGGGACAUAGCGCCGUGCUGGACCUCGAAGAUCGGAUUUGGAUCUUCGGUGGACGGGGUGGCCCUGAGUCCAGUUACAGUGUUUUCGAUGACCUUUACCACUUUGAUAUCCAGGCGGUCACACCAUGGCAUGGCGCUGAAACUUGGACGCUGGUUUCGAUUUCUGGCAACGCGCCUUCCGCGCGCUUCUCCCACAGUGCUGUGCUGGAGGAUCCGCUGGAUCUGGCGCCCAGGAUGUGGGUAUUUGGUGGAAGCGACAGCUUUAGCAGCUUGGUGAUGGGAUGGGAAAUGAUUCGGAUGAAGACCACAAGUCUGUCCAAUUUCGGGCUCCAUUUGUUGGAGAAAGAUCGUUUUUUUUUGCGAUGA